AUGGGUUUCAAUGGUCCUCAAUAUACUUGGCAGAGGGGAGACCUGAGCCAGAGACUUGAUCGGUGCUUAUGUAACAAUCAGUGGUACAGUGUUUUUCAAGCUUCUGAAGUUUUCCAUCUGCAGAAGGUGGGUUCUGAUCAUAGGCCAAUCCUAAUGUCAACUGUGAAUCCAAAAUCACACCAUAAAAUAGUCCCUUUCGUUUUGUGGCAGCCUGGAAUGAGCAUUCGAAUUUUGAGAGGUUCCUGGAAGCCUCGUGGAAUAAGAAUGUUCCACUGUUCUCUAGUCUUACAGAGUUCCAAAACAAAUGUAGAGCUUGAAACAUGGAAGUCUUUGGCAACAUUGGCAGAUGAAGACCUUAUUGCUAGCCAGGAUUCGGGGAUUGGAAUGGCUUUGGAGAAAAAUGAGACCGUAUACCUUUUGGAGCUUUAUGAAGCUCUUAAAAAUGAGUUAGAUAAGGUACUCGAACAAGAAGAAAGCCUCUGGCAUAAAAAAUCGAGAAGUCAAGGGAUCAUGAAGGGGGACCGAAAUACAAAAUACUUCCAUGCCUCUACCAUUAAAAGGAGGAAACGUAAUAGCAUUCAUAUGCUUCAAUUGGAGGACGGCCGUCGUUGUGAUAAUCAAGCAACCUUGCAAAGCCACGCAGUUAAUUUCUUCUGUAAGUUAUUCACUUCUGAGCCCCGCCAAAACUCAGGUAGUGAUUUUAGUGGGAAUAUUGGUGUCUUUGGAGGUGAUACUAGCUACCAGGUUAAGGAUUUCUUGGAGAUUGGAGUCUUACCAGAUGGGGUCAAUAGAACUAUGCUUGUGAUUAUUCCGGAAAUUGAGACGCCUGAGAAGAUUUCGCAAUUCCGACCGAUCAGUCUGUGCACGUCCAGUUUUGUUCCGGGAAGGAAUAUCACGGACAAUAUCAUUCUCGCCCAAGAAGUGAUUCAUUCGAUGUCCGGUAAGACGGGCAAGAAGUCGUGGAUGGCGAUAAAGGUUGACCUUGAGAAGGAGUAUGACAGAUUAGAGUGGAGUUUCAUUGAGGAGACCUUUACAGAAGCAGGUUUGCCUGAAAGUGCUACUAAAAUGCAAAUGUUCUUUUCUAAGAAUUGCAAUAAUACUUUGAGAGGGAUGAUUGCCCGUAGUCUUGGUUUUGAGGAGGUGAAGAAUCUUGGGAAGUACCUCGGAGUCCCCCUCUUGCAUGGAAGAGUAACCAAGGCAACUUACAAGUACCUACCUGAAAAAGUUGAGAAACGCUUGGCAGGUUGGGUGGAUAAGUCCCAGUCCCUUUAUCUGGCGGGACGCAUUACACUUGCUAAAGCUGUGCUUCAGGCGAUUCCCUAUUAUGCGAUGCAGUCAACCUGGUUACCAAAGGGGAUUUGCGAUUCGUUGGAAAAGUUGAUCGGACGUUUUGUAUGGGGCUUUGAUGGAGAUACCAGGAAAGUUUCAUUAGUAGACUAG